UCAGUUUCAGAAGGAGAUAGGAGCACAGAGAGAAAGGGAGUCCGAGAGGUUGAGUGGUUGUGUUGGUCUCGCACCCUGACACCGACCCGGAGCUUGCGAAAAAAAAAGUCAAAACCAUUUAAAAACGCCGAUCCUACUUCGAAUGUUUUAUGGAUAUUUAAAUUGUUUUACGAACUUGGAGGAAAAAGGGAUUCCGCAACUUGACUUUCAGAGCUUCGUCUCCUGCAGCGGGACUAGGAAACCUGGCCGGAUAUGAAGACUAUAGAGGAGCCGCCUUAUUUGACCGUCGGCACUGAUGUCAGCGCCAAGUACCGCGGCGCCUUCUGCGAAGCCAAGAUCAAGACGGCCAAGCGGUUGGUGAAAGUCAAGGUGACCUUCAAACUGGAUUCGUCGACUGUUGAGGUUCACGACGAGAACAUCAGAGGGCUUUUGAAGGUAGGAGCGGUGGUGGAGGUGAGGAACCAGGACGGGACGUAUCAAGAGGCCACCAUCAACAAACUGACAGACGCCAGCGUGUACACAGUCGUGUUUGACGACGGCGAUGAGAAGACCCUAAGGCGUUCCUCGCUGUGCCUGAAGGGAGCCCGCCACUUUGCAGAGAGUGAGACGCUUGACCGACUGCCCCUGACGAACCCCGAGCACUUCGGAACGCCAGUCAUCGGGAAGGGCAGCCGAGGCAGGCGCUCCAACCCAGUCGUCUCCCCCGACUGCAGCGAGGACGUCUCCAUGAAGAAGGACAGCGUCUUCAUCCGCUCCUUCAAGGAUGGCAAAUUCUCCGUUGUGCUGCACAAGGACAUCCGUGAACUGGACAGCGAGUCAGUACCAAAAGCAGACUCCGGGCUGAGACAGGCCCUGGAGGGGGCGCUGGCCUUCCAGCGGUGGGGCACGGUACCCAACACCUGGAGGACGGAGGUGAAGGAUGAGAGCUCCAGCAGUGAGGAAGACGAGGGUGACGAGGAAGAAGAGCGUGAGGAGGACACCAGCAGCGAGGGGGAGGAGGAGGAAGUGGAGCCCUUCCCUGAAGAGAGAGACAACUUCGUACAGCAGCUGUACAAGUUCAUGGAGGACCGGGGUACCCCCAUCAAUAAGAGACCUGUGCUGGGCUACAGGAACCUCAACCUAUUCAAGCUCUACCGGCUAGUGCACAAACUGGGGGGGUUCGAUAAUAUUGAUAGUGGUUCGGUCUGGAAGCAAGUCUACCAGGACUUGGGGAUACCGGUGCUGAACUCUGCCGCUGGCUACAACGUCAAGUGUGCCUAUAGGAAGUACCUCUACGGCUUCGAGGAGUACUGCACCUCCGCCGGCAUCUCUUUCCGGAUGGAUCUCCCCCACAAGCUGGAGCGGAGGGCGGAGCUGGAGGCGGGGAGUAAUGCCCCCGCGAUGCCGAGGAAAGAGGCGGAGUCAAAGGAGCAGCGGCCUAUCACUGAGAGCCAGACCAGCGAGACACAGCCUACUGUAUGCAAGGGCGAGACGGAGGCCAGGCCGAGCCAAGCGGGGGCCGACGAGGAUGAGGGCGAGAGCCCGAAGGCUGAGGAGGAGCAGAGGGGUGAAGGACAGGUGGGGGGCGAAGAGGAGGAUGAGGAAAAGCCUUUGGGCCCCCGGGAAGAAAUUGUCAAGCAGGAGCCUUUGGAGGAGGAGCAGGAGGAGGAGCAGGAGGAGGAGCAAGAGGAGGAGCAGGAGGAGGAGCAGGAGGAGGAGCAGGACAAGUCAGGAUAUGACGAAUGGAUAAAGGCAGACAAGAUAGUGCGGCCAGCCAAUAAGAAUGUGCCAAAAGUGAAGCACCGGAAAAAAAUCAAGAACAAAAGUGAAAGAGACAGGCUGGAGAGAAUGUCCGACAGGGAGGACUCCGUUCCCCCCAAGCCCAACCGAUCCCAUCGCUCCCCCAAGCCCAGUGCCGCCCACGAUGGCUUCUCCAAGCCAGAAGCCAACUCUGAGAAAGGGGCGGAUUCAUCUCCGGCGAAGGGCGGCGACACUUCCUCUGCCUCCAACGGGCUGCACGCCUCUGGAAUCUCAACAGAUGAGAGCGACCGAGAGGAUGAGGAAGCAAAUCAGGAGGAAGACGGGAAGGAGGCCCUGCAGGACUCUGAGCCCUGGGCGGGCGGGCCCCCCCAGGAAGGGUGCAGACCAGCUGGCUCUCCUGGACCGGAAGCCGAGAUCUGCACCCGGAAACGGAAGGCAGAGAACCCUGGGGAACAUCUACAGCGGAGUCAUUCCAAGAGCAGUGCCAGGGGCCGGACUGUGGAGUGGCUGCCCACUGGCUCCCCCAAGAGACUCGAGGACAGUACUGCAGCUCCCGGAGAGGAGGGGGAUGCUACAUCCAGCAUAAGUAGUAGCUCAGAGGAUGAGGGGGCUGCUCCUUGUGAGGCCCAAGAUGGGGAACAGGCUCGUCCCAAAGCCAAGGUCUCACCAUCCAAGAAAUACAAUGGCCUAAAAGAGAAGGUGAAGGCCAGCCGUCCCUCUGGGUUCUGGGAGGUUCCGGAGAAGCGGGCCAAGGUGUCACAGAGUACAGACGAGAGGGUCUCCGCCGGGAGCAGGCCUAAGGGCCAGAAGGAUGUCUGGUCUAGCAUCCAGGGCCAGUGGCCCAAGAAAAAACUGAAGGAGCUGUUCUCCGACUCGGACACAGAGGUAGCCAACUCCCCCCCAGCGGCCCUCCCCGCACCCGAGGAGCCAAAGGCCGACCGGGGGCAGGUGAACAUUCCGGCCGGGGAGGAGGAGAGGCAGGAGCCGGAGAGGACCCAGGAGUUUCCCAGCAGUGGCAGCAACUCUGUACUCAACACCCCCCCCACCACCCCCGAGUCCCCUUCUCUGGCGGCCAAUGGUGGUAGCGAUACCACGGAGGCCCCCAAACGGACCCAGGAGCACGCCCCACCCCCGCCUCCACUGGCCGCCGAGCCACCCGCCGUCCCGUCUCCGUCGCAGCCCACACAGGAGGAGAGCAUGGGGGGGCGCAGCGAGACGGACAGCACGGUAGAGGUGGAAAGCCUUGGUGGGGAGCUGCAGGAGUUGCCCCGGGAGGAGGGGGCCGGGUCCCCCUGCACAGCCUUCGAUGGCAGCCUGUCCUGCAACAGCAGCAGCAGCAGCCAGCUGGAAGGAGAGCAAGAGGUCAAAGCAUCGACGUCGUCGAGUACGUCGACUAACCGCGGCAGCCCUAAGCACGACGCUUCGCUGGUGGCGGGGGACGCAGUCUCGCCUUUGGAUUAUCUUCAUCGGUGUCCAGUGGCGUCGGGGGGCCAGAAACGCCACAAGGACGCAGAGGAGAGCGGCCCGGUGAAGAGGCACAAACGCAGCCACAAGAGCUCCAGCGUGCAUCCGAAGAAGGGCCGGAAAACGGCACACAGCAGUGACAGUGAGGACCAGUCCACCAAUGAAAACGGCGCCAAAUCUCCCGCCUCAAAGGCUCCCGGAAGGACGCCCCCUUCUGGUCACAAAUACCACAAGCAUGGGGAUCCGGAUCACCAACAUCAGCACCGGGAACCUCAGAGUCGCUCACCACGUGUGUACAAAUGGAGCUUUCAGAUGUCCGACCUGGAAAAAAUGACCAGCUUGGAGAGGAUCUCCUUCCUGCAGGAGAAGCUGCAGGACAUUCGCAACCACUACCUCUCGCUCAAGUCGGAGGUGGCGUCCAUAGACCGGCGGCGAAAGCGUUUAAAGAAGAAGGACCGAGAAAGUGCCGUAGCCGCCUCCUCGUCCUCGUCACCCUCCUCCAGCUCGCUGACUGCGGCUGUCAUGCUGACUCUGGCCGACCCACCCGUGGCCGGGCCCGCACAGAACUCUGGGAUGUCGGUGGAGUGCAGGUGACACAACAUCCGGUGACCCAGAAAACUCAGCAAAUGAACGACAGGCACUAUAUAUAUAUAUAUUUUUUUUUGUAUUGACAACUGUUUUUCUUUUUGGCAAGCUAACUGCACUUAAGUGCACUUUCAUGAAGGGAGCUGGGAAAACGCAACAAUGGACUUGCCGUGUCUUGGUGAUAAAGACAUUAAGUUGUUUUCUCAGAGCAAUAAUUGUUUUCACCUUGAUUUGUGUUUUGAGGUCGGGGGGAGGGGUACGGUCAGUGAAUUCUGAGGGGUCCUUCCUGUAGUGUGUCCAUCAACUGUAACGUUUUGCGUUUACCUGUGACGCGUUAAAUGUAACCGCUAAAGUCUGCCCCCUUCCCCUGUUCAGUAGCUUAUCUUCUGAACAUCCCCGUGUCCUGUGAGUGAAAGGUACACCCCAUGUCCAUCAAGCAAAGCUGAGCUGAAAAAAGAACAGGAAUACCCCCAAAACAUUCCGGGUGGUGUUCCCCCACCCGGCCAUAGAGGCUGUUGUUGUUGUUAUUAUUAUUAUUAUUAUUAUUAAAAUAAUAAAGCUGUAAGACCUUGAGCCACAGAGGUACCCUGUAACCUCACUGUCAGCUGAACGUCAGAGUGAUACUCUUGUGCCUUGUUGCUCUUCUCGGGCACUUUGAUAGACGACACAGUCCACCUGGUCCUGUUGUGAGCGUGUUGGGUCCGGCGAUGGCGGAAGACUCCCAGGAAUUUAACUUCCUGUUUACAGAUGACAGAAGAUCCUCGCGUCAGCAGCUGAGAGAUGUGAAAAGGGCUCUUUAAAGUAUUCGGUGGCGAUCUGUAUCUCUCGGAACAUGCCUAAAAGGGUCAUUGGUGAUGAGGCUCACCUUCGAAAUAGAAAUGGAAAAAAGUUGCACUUUAAGAAAUGAGAGUAAAUGUAUUUUGCUACUGAAUAUGAAUAUACCAGUAAGAGGGAUUUUCAAAGAGAUGUCUCACUUAACAGUGACUGUAAAUGCACUACAGUGGAAAAUAAACGUAAUCACGGUUCGGUAUAAACCCUAAAAUGAAGACCCCAGUUUUGUAGUUUCAUUGUCUUCCCAAUGAUAUUUUCGCCCCAUGUUUUGCUUAUUGGCUUGCCUUCAUGCAGCCUAACAAAUGUGUAUUAUUACACUCAGACACUGGCCAGGCCGAUAUCUGUCACAGCAGGGAGGAGUUGUGGGUAAACAGCUGUGUAGUCAGUCUUAUCAGUAUCAUGCAGAAGCUGAUGUUUACUGCAGCUGGUGGCAUGAAUGAAUUGUGGGAAUUCUCUUGGCGAGGGUACAGAUUUAAAAAAUAAAGGAUUAUUUAAGGGAGGAAAACGAUGAAAGGCAUGUUGUUAAACCUAGGAAACCUAAGUUCAUCUGUACACUUGGUACUGAUACAUCUCACUGGGAACAUUGGCUGUUGCUUUGCUACAUCUUAUCGGAGUGUGUGUGUGUGUGUGUGUGUGUGUAUGUGCGUUGGAGGAUCCAUCAACCAAUGAGCUUGUUCACAGGUCUGAUCGGGGUGUGCCCUCUUAAGUGUCUGUGUGUCUGUGUGUCUGUGUCUGUGUCUGUGCGUGCGUGUGUGCGUGUGUGUGUGUGUGUGUGUGUGUGUGUGUGUGUGUGUUUGUUUUUCUUUGAGUUUUUCCAAUCAGGUAAAAAGUUACAGUUUUGCAAACAUGCAUUUAUAACAGAGAUGGAUGACAUUGGUGCAUUCAGUUCUUAAGAGAACUCAAGUCUGUACAGACUCCCUGUUGUAUGAUACACCGAAGCCCUUUUUUGGUUUUGGCACUAUGUAAUUGUAUGCCUUUGUAAUACAUUUGUAUAUCAAAAUGUGUUUGGAGUCAAGCUAUUUAAUAUGUUGCACUGUUAAUACUGUGUAUUUUUCUGUACAGACUUUUACUGUUUUAACUGUAGUUUCUCUGUACAUCUUUAGAGGGUUAAAGCAUGUUUCCUUUGUUUUAUGUCUUUGCCUUCCCUGUGGGACAGUUUUAUCCAGUUAUUUUUCAUACUUUUUCUAGAAAAGUCAGCAUUUUUUUUUAGUUUGCUGUCAUAUAUGAAGCAUUGUGUUUUUGAAGGUGAGUUCAGAAGUAUUUUCCAACCUGUACAUGGGCUUGUAAAGUUUUAUCUUUACAAAUAAGUUCAGAGAGAAGGGGUGCAGUGAAAGCUCUAAAGUAUUUAUUAGAUUCCUCGAAGGAUGGACAUUGUGUAAUUUAUUGUACAAAUGUAAGCUAAAAGAAGCCUCUGUUUGAAAUAAAUACCAUAGUUUGUGAA